AUGGAGAGAGAUAAUGAACCCGGACCGGCGACUAUCAUAGUCACUCCCAAAGUCGACAACGAGGCCGCAUUGAGGCACCAUACGAAUCUGGCUCAAGCAUCACGAUACCGAGACGAGUCCUCCGACGACGAUACCAUUGGACCAGGUCGUCUCCGAACGCCGACGGAAUUCGACAGGCAAGGUAGCGCAGCAAGAGCCUCGUGGCAGCAGCAGAUCUCGAGUCGGAUACCUUCCAUCGUGAAGAAAGGAUGGGCGAAGACUGUGACCUGGGUCAAAGGACCGCAGCCGCCCAGGAUAUACACAAUCACGCCGUUCUUUCCCAAGUUACAGCAUGCCCCUAUAGCGCUGCUUGAUCGCUAUGCACCUCGGACCAUCCAGCGAAUAGCUCUGCUAGCAGCUUUAUACUGUCUCUGGCUCAUGUCGUUCUCGCUGCUGCUAUGGAAGAGCUCUGUCGCCGCAGAGAUCCCAGGAUAUGGCAAUCCUAUUCGCUUGAGUUGCACUGCUCGCUACUGGGAAGAUGGUAACGCAUGUGGCGUCGAUGGAAACCUGUGUCGGCCAUUCUCCAACACAAGUCUGGCAUUCCGUUGUCCUGCAGAUUGUCACAAGGUUCAGGUCUCCAACCCGCACGCUGUAGGCGACCAAGAGAUUGUAUACAAGCCCGUGGUAGUAGGAGGGCCCGCUGAUCAGCAAACGGGCUUCGAUCUGGUCGACAACGCCGUGUAUCGAGGAGACAGCUGGAUCUGUGCUUCUGCUGUACACUCCGGGUUCAUCUCGGACUUUGAAGGAGGUUGCGGUGUUCUGCAAAUGACCGGCGAGCAACCAUCGUUCACUGGCGGUACACGAAGCAACAUUCCAAGUACUCCGUUUUCUUCGUACUUCCCACAGUCCUUUGGUUUCCUGUCCGGAACCAAGACGCAGUGCAAAGAUCUUCGCUGGCCCGCCCUGGCUCCCACUCUGGUCUUUACCAUUUUGAUCAGUCUCUUUACCACGAAUCCGGCUGUGCACUUCUGGUCCAUCUUCGUCGUACUGUUCUUCCACGUCGCACUGGUAUCUGAUCCGCCGUCGAACACCACUUACUACGGCCUGGUCAGUGUUGCGUUCGGCCGAUUCCUGCCAGCUGCUUUCUGUGCAUGGGUCGUAUAUCGAUAUGCUAUCAAACGUUCCCUGACCCAUCUCACCGCGCAAGUUGAGAAGACGAUCCUCUGGGUCGGAGCGGCGUGGGUUGGUGCCUUGAACAACUACACCUUUGACAGGAUUCCGAUACAGCGCUUGACGCCACACGACAUCAAGGCACAGCCUGGUGCCCUGCCUGCUUUGAUCAUCAUCAUACUGGCAAUAAUAUGCAUCGCUCUCGGUCAGGCAUGGGCAUUCCGAGUCGAAGGGCGAAUGCCGAAGUAUCUGGGUAUCUACGGGUUGUUUGUGCUCACACUUCUGAUAUUCAUGGCAAUUCCGGGCUUGAAUCUCCGGAUCCACCAUUACAUCCUGGGACUUAUCUUCCUACCAGGCACGAGCUUCCAGAACCGACCGAGUCUAGUCUACCAAGGCCUACUCCUCGGCUUGUUCGUGAACGGAAUCGCGCGAUGGGGUUUCGCGCCGAUACUGGAGACUCCGGCAUCCUUACUCAAAGGCGCCCAGCUGGAAAGUCUAUUGCCAGCAGUGACAAUCCUGGCCAUCAGCGCCAAGAAUAUCACUUUCGGCUUGGGUUCAUUGCCGGUGUACGACUCGAAGCUGGACAAUACAUAUGACGGUAUCAGCAUACUCGUCAAUGAUGUCGAGCGUUUCCGUGGGUUCAGCGAUGAUGCCUACCAUUGGGAUGACAGCACCGUGCUAGGGAAGAACUAUACUUGGACGUGGAAUCGUCAUGGUAUUGAAGAUGGCAAAGGCGAAGAAGAUGUCUUGUCCGAAGGCUUUCCGGAAUAUUUCAGAUUUGGAUAUAUGGCUGGGAGUGAUUCGGCAGAUUACACAAAAGCGGGAGUCUGGGCAAGUGAUGGCAGUUGGAUGGAGAUGAAGCCUGGACCGAGUAAAUAAAUGUAGACACAACGACAGAUCAUGAUGGUACGCUUGAAUGCUUAGCCGUUGUCGUGUUG